UCUGCCAAAAUAAUCCUUCAUUUGUGUUGUGUAUGCUCUUUAUCUGUGAGGCAUAGUUGACUUGUUUUGAUAAUCGAUGAUAUCAGAAUAAAUGUUGUUUCAGGACAAAUACUAAAAUCGUUAAUAGGGUGUGGACAUUGAGAAGCCCUUCCGUCCUCAUUUGUUUGCCUAUGCAUUGUACUGUGGUGGAAAAAUGGUGAAGUCAAAGUUCAUCUUUUGAGCUAUAGGGAAGAGAAGGUAAAUCCCUAUCCUAAGCUGAGACAAAUCUCUUAACAGCAGUUUAAAAAGAAAUGUUUGAAACUUCACAAUACCUACUCGCCUAAGUGAGUUUGUUAGGGUGCCAAACAGGAUCUAGAAUUCACCUCCACAGAAUGUAGAGGGUUUGAUCUGAUCAGCUCUCUAAAGAUGAUCGGUUUCAGCUGAAGCACGCCAGUUCUGCCUGGGUUCAUCUGAACUUGCAGCGUUUCCUUUAAGAUCGGAGAUCUACAGGCAGGCUGAUGAUGUGCAUGAUGACUGUAUUAGCAGAGUUCAUAAGGCAGACUAGUUAAUCAUGGCUUUUAAAAUUUUAUGUCGUUUCUGCUUGUUGAUUUUGAUUGGAAGCAACCUUUCUGCAACAUUUAUUUAGUCAAUAAGUAAAUGUACCAGCUAUGCUUGUGCAAAUACUCCUUUUCUGUUUAUGUUUUAUAGGGAUUUGAGAGAAGGAGCUUGCAGGGUUAGAGAGCUAGAUAAAGCCUCUGGUAGUAUAAUGUCUUUGUUAGGAUGUUGUGAUGCCACUGGAGACGCCCCAGCAAUAAACAGAGGUACUCUUUACAUAAUGCAGUGUAAAGAGAACAGCAGGGUUUCUACUCUGCUCUUCUAAUUACUGUUUUUACAAUGCAGCUUAUUGUUAGUCCAUCCCAUCCUCCGGCUGAAGAUGGACUAUGGAAGCACUGUAGUUGGCAUUUCCAUGCAUGUUUUUUCUGUGCAGGAAAGGAAAUUGCUGAUAAGCACAUUGCCACGGCUGCCUACCCAGCAGACCUGCCUACGAGAGCCAGAGGGAUGGUGGUAGUUACGGGGCAGAACAAAGUGAGUGGAAACCCGGAUGAUGCCAUGUCGAGCUCGGAUGCAGAGGAUGAUUUCCAAGAGCCAGCCACUCCUACUGCAACCCAGGCAGGACAAGCACUACCUCUGCUGCCUCAGCAGUUUCCAGAAGUUGUUCCACUCAACGUAGGAGGCAUGUAUUUUACAACAAGACUGUCAACACUGAGGCGGUACGAGGACACGAUGCUGGCGGCUAUGUUCAGUGGAAGACACUAUAUCCCGACAGAUGCUGAAGGCAGAUAUUUUAUUGACAGAGAUGGAACCUACUUUGGAGACAUACUCAACUUUCUACGAUCUGGUGACCUGCCGCCAAGGGAACGCGUGAGGGCAGUUUACAAGGAAGCUCAGUAUUAUUCCAUAGGACCAUUGCUAGACAAUCUAGAGGAUAUCCAGCCUCUUAAAGGAGAAAAAGUUAGACAAGCUUUCCUGGGCCUAAUGCCAUAUUACAAAGAUCAUUUGGAAAGGAUCAUUGAAAUAGCAAAGCUCAGAGCUAUGCAGAGAAAAGCAAGAUUUGCAAAAUUGAAGGUCUGUGUCUUCAAAGAAGAGAUGCCCAUCACUCCCUAUGAAUGCCCACACUUCAAUUCUUUACGUUUUGAAAGGAGUGAGAGUGAGACAAAGCUGUUUGAACAUCAUUGUGAAGUAGAUGUAUCUUUUGGGCCCUGGGAGGCCGUGGCUGAUGUAUAUGAUCUUCUGCACUGUAUUGUGACAGACCUGUCUGACAGAGGGAUAACUGUGGAUCAUCAGUGUAUCGGGGUGUGUGAUAAACACCUGAUAAAUCACUAUUACUGCAAGCGUCCUAUCUAUGAAUUCAAGAUUACUUGGUGGUGAGUUACCUUGUCCAGAACAGUGCAGGGAAUAAAGGACUUCUAGAUGACAAUUGCUUUUAAUAUUUUUGCAACGUGUCUCUGGAAAUGCAUUGCUGCUAACAUGUAUUGGAUGCUGAAACAUUGGCUAAUGCUUAGCUGCUCAGCACAAGGGAAACCUGGUGCAGAGGUUGGAAAACCUCUGCAAUAUUGAAAAACCAGCCUGAAACAAGACUGUUGGCUCAGGUACCUUAAUGAGGCACAAAACAACAUCACCUCAUGGAAAUUACAGGUUGGAGCAUCUAACAUCUUCUAUAAGGUGGCACCUUCCAUGUGGCUUUAGUAUCAGAGUCUGCAGAAUAGAUAUUGCAGCUCUCAACCACAUUGUUAUAAAGCCGGGGUGCUAAGAAUGCUGACCUAAGGUGGUUGAAUUUUACCCACUUAGAAAUGUUUAAGUCACUACUUAAACUUGCCGCUUCCUAAAAUUGAGUAACACCCAGCACAGAGAUUCUGGAAAUGUAAUUUUGAUGUAAUAGAUCAUUAAAAAAACAAAAGGAAAGGAGCAUUCCCUAUAUAGUAUUAACUGUUGUCAUGAUUAAGCUAUAUUUCUUUUUUAAUUAAGAAUCUGCAUUGUGACUUAUAACAUUAUAUUUCUAUUAUUUCCAUUGUUAUAAGAAGGAAUAGCAGAUUUGGAAUAUAUUCCUUAAUGCUUUUAGGAAUAAUAACUGUUCAUGGAAGACUUGUGCCUGUUUUUAGCCUUAGAAAUUCUAAAUGUUUACAGUAUCUACAAAAAAAAAAAAGCUCUUUAGAAUCAGGUCAUUUACAAAGGCUUUUGGUAAAUGAGAAAACCCUAUGUGUAUGUUCCUAUUAGCAGAAGUAAGAGGAAUAUUUAAUGUAUGUUAUUUUAUUACUGACUCUUUUUACAUUCUAUGAUACUAAACUUUGUUCUAGAGUUAGAGUCAAGUGAUGAUACUAGACAAGUGCUUUCUUCACCUCACCUUCUCCAGGCAGUUAAGUCUCAUUUUUACCAUUCUCGUUGACCCUUCCUGGUAUAAUAUCAGGAAAAAUAAUUUCAACCUUCCUAUUCAAAUAGUUCUCCAAUUAUAAACCAAUAUAUCUGUAUAGUGAGUGUCUUUCCGUGCUGAAAGAGGCAGCCAUUGCAGAAUCAUGUUCUUUUCAGAAGGUAAUAGUUGCACUUCUGGCAUUAGUAACCACAUGCCAAGGUUGAAUUACUUAAUGUCCAAAACUGAAAGGGAGAACUAAACAUCUGAAGAUAUAACUGUUGUGUGAGGGACAGAAAAUCAAGUACUUCUCCAAGAGACCCCACAUGAAGUGACCGCAAAAUAAUCUUAAGGAGAGAGGGGGAAAUAAAUGUUUGCGUAUUGCAUUCCAUUGGAUUAGCUGAUCCAAGAACAUUGCUUAAUUAAGCUUUUGACCAAAACACUUAAAUGUGUUAAUUACAAUUAGGAAAAUUCUCAGUUACCUGAGGUAAUUUUUAGAAUAAUUGAAAGAACUUUAUGAUCAAAUUGUCUUGGAAAAAAAGAGGCAACUUGUUUGCAUUGUCACACUUGUAUUUAUGUCGUUUAGGAGGUUUUAGUGAUGUGUCUCUCUGAGGUGCGGGCACACAGUUCUGAUGAUCUCUUUUCACAUGUUUACUUACAGAGGGUCAUUGUCAAGUGCUGAGGUUCAAGUCCAGAUCUUAGAUUUUGAAGUGGAAGGAGGGAGGAAAUCAUGUGCAUUUGGAUCUUCAUUUAAGCUCGUUUCAAUUGUUUUCUUAAAUAUUGGCCUUUGCGUUACAAAGUGCUGUACUUGUGUUUGACAACCCAAAAUUCAAAGUCAAAUGAGACUACUCAAGAUAUUUAAGUUCAGGAUUUUCAGCAGCAGUUUAUAUAAAGAUUACGAUGAGAAUUGCAGUUUUACUGGGUUAAUCAAUGUGGUUUUGCCACUUCCCGUAUAUGUAUUCCCAUGGGACAUAACUCUGGUUUGAAUUUCAGCACAAAUGGAACAGUCAGAUUUAACAGUAUGUUGUUUUAGUUUGGCUUUAAGACUUUUUCUGCUGUUACUCUAGAGAAGCUAUGAUGGCAAAAUCCCUGUUUUGAUCAUGUUUGCUAUUUCUUAAUAUGCACACACUGACAUUUUAGAACAUUCCCCUGUUUAUUGCUUAAAUAGAUAAGGAACACUACCUAACUAAAAAGACAAUUAAUCUUAGUCUGUAUCAGUUGCAUCUGGAUUGAUGCUUUCAUCCUCUAGAAGCCAGCAAACAUUAAGUGCAAUAUUGAAACAGAAAGCAGGGAUUUGAGCCAACAUGCUUUCAUUAAACAUGUACAUUCUGUGAUGUGACUUGUGCAGGUUAACAGUAUUGUUACUGACUACACUCCUUCUAAGCAGUCUUUGUUUACAAUGAUUUAGAUGAUGUUGCCUAAUGUGGGUUCAUGUUUUGGCAGAAACAGAAGAGUUGGGCAGGCGGAUGUCAGGGAGUUCAAUCUAAUAACUGGUUUAUUAUUGACUUACCUUUUCUUGGCGUGUAGCAUAACUUUUGAAUUCUGCAUUUGCACCAGAAAUGUGAGUAGCUGAUCUACUAAAUCCAUGUUUAAGAUGACUGAUGUUUUUGUAUAUUGUGGAUGCUUUAUAAUUGUCUAAUUAAACUAAAUACCUACAUAAUACUGCUUUUUUUCUUUAGGACUUUCCUUUCUACCUGGCUAGGCCAGAGGUUUGCUAGAACAUAUUUCCCCAUUUCUUUGUGCUUCUACUUUUUGCUACUUUAGCAUCUAGAUAGCUACUUUUCCAUCCCCACAUUACCAAAUGCCCUGUGUUUGCAAGUUGACACCAUGGACAAAUUGGCCAGGCAGUAAAUGGUCUCAUAUCACCUAUAUAAUAUUGCUAUUAAUAUCAUGUUUGCAGAUCAUUAGAAGGACAAUGCAUAUCCAUCUAUUUAGCUCAUUCAGUUUGAAGGAAAGACAUUUACUUUGUGCACUAAGACAGGAUACAUGCCACUUCUGGUUCUUUUGUCUAUGGUUCUCAGUAUAUCUUUGUUUUUCCUAGUGAAAUCUGAAGUUGCUGAACACUGCCCUCCAGAACUGAACACAGCCUGUUCCAAAUCUGUCCUGUGCAUUGGGCAUGUGCUGGUUUUUGCAAACAUGGAAGUGGGAGGGAAUUAGUUCUGCAGUGUAUUUCCCCAGGGACAAUCUUCACUAGCUCUGAAGGAAGACUUCAGUGGGAUCCUGAUCCACACUUGCCCCACAUCUCCAUUUGUAGAUGAAGGGUAAGAGGCAUAAGGAGAUGAGGUGUUUAGCCUGAAGAUUCAUGGUGAGCUGAUGACUCUGGAUUCCCCCUUGGUCCUCACCCCUUUCUCUAACCUUCAAGAUGUAAAACUGUAUGUGCAGGGAAUUUACUACUUCUCCCAAAUUUGUUUGCAAGGUGAAUAGUCUGGUUUAAAAUUCUUUUAAUAUUACAAUAUAGUGACUGAUUGUUAAAGUGUUGUUAAAGAAUCAGUGGAAAUAUUACUGGCAAAAAAUACCUGACUAAAUGAAUUAAAAUCCCUUAUAGCAUAAUCACUUUAAUUUUACUCUGUGCUUUAUUUUUUCCUAAAGGCUCUUAAGAAAUGUAAACUCUUAUUUCUUUUAGGGGCUUACAUCUGUUUCACAGUUAUAUGUUUUCAGCCAAAGUACCUGUAUUUUGGGGUUUGAGGGUCUUGUUUGUUGUGUGCUAUGAACUGAAGGAUAAGUGCAUGAUCCCUUAAAAUAAUUAGUGAUAUAAUUAAAGGUCAUUAUUUUCAUUUGGCAUUUGUAACCCCUGGGAACCUUCCUUCCCAACUUCAUUCUCACCACUCAUUCUUGUUGAUAGAUGACCUGGUUCAGUUGACAUGAUGAGGAAGGUGAUGGAAGUGCCAACAGGGAAAGCCUUGUGUCCAAGCUGAUUGAUUGCAUUGCAUUUCAAGAUUGUUUCCAUUUUAUUUGAAGAGGAAGGCUCAUCACCAUUUACGCGAGGUCAGGCAGAGGAUCCAGCCUGUCUAGAAGCCCAGGUUCAUCUAUUGCCUCUGUAAGUUCAUUGUGUUGUGAUGUGCCCAGUUAAGGGGGUAGGAGAAUCCAGCGGCUGUGGAUUGUACAGCAGUGACCCGUGGGGUGGCUGCAGGGUCACACUGCUUGAGUUUCAGCAUCACUCAGAGAUCUGAGCACCUUUAUGCCACAGCUUAUACACUGGAUCUUUCUUUUCUGCAUAGCAAAGCAAUCAAGUUUGAGAUGCAACUGCCUGGCAGGUAAGAGAAGACUUCAGGGCUUCUGUAGAAGGAUGAUCUCUUAACUCAUCAUAAAUCUCUGGGACAUAAUAUUUCUGUCACUUAAUUUUAACAGCUACUUUAGACAAUUUAUAGACCCCACUGGCUUUAAGUUAUGGUUGGUACUACUGAACCCUGGAGUCGUGUUGAUCUUUUUGGUUACUUAAACAGUUGUAAAUGUUUUCAGGUUGUUUGUGCACAGCAGAGAGGACCCAGGAUGGUUCUGAGUUUUGGGCUAUGGAAACGUAAUUUAACAAACAGAAAAAAACCCUUCAGUCUUUUCACUAUCUUUCCCUAAAUUUCGAUUUCAGUGUGUAAUCAUGUUCUGUUACUAUCUUCUGUAUAUAGUCCUCUAACUGGAAGUCACUUCCCAGAACAGCAGUUCUUAGUCAUUUUUACUUACCCAAGCUUAGUAUAAGUUUACCUCCACUUUCACUGUGACUCUUAUAAAUGGAUUUUGUUUGGUUUGAAUUAUAAAUUGUAUGUGUCUAUGCAUUGUAACCUGUAAUGCCUUUGAAAAUCCAGCCUGGAUGCUACUGAUCAGGGUUUGGAAUUCUCUCCAGAUGUGUUACAUGUUUAAGCAAGUUGAUGUGUGAUGUUUAACACUGUGUGUACUGUGGUGUAUUAUUUCUUACUACGUUUUACUUUUUAGUUCAGGUAAUAUGUAGUCCAUAUUUUUUAUUUAAAACACAUAGAAGAAAAUGUGGAUAUAAAGUUUGUGUUGUGCAAUAAAAGUACAUUCCACUGAAAA